GAACAUGUGGCAAUCCCCGACAACGAGCGUUGCUAUGGCCUCCUCCUUUGCAAUGUCGACUUCGACACCAUGAACCGAAAGCAAUUGUGUCCUGUGACUUAAUAUGGAAAGAAUCUCGUGCUGGCAAUAACGCUUAGCCGAACUACAAAAUGCACACCAUCAGGACCGAUUAUAAGAUCAGCAGAAAUCCUCUCACCACCCUCCAGAACCGAAGGGGUGUUCUCCACAUCCACCUCCUUGACUUCCACCCUAGUCCUAAGUUUCACUCCGCUUUCAACCGCAGCGUCCAUAAACAGCCUAUCCAACUGCGCUCGAAACGCAAAAACCGACGUCUCAUUUCCCCUUCUCUCUCCAUCUUUAUUCCCAUCAAACAAACGUGUCGUUUUGCCGUCUGGGUCCACCGUCGGGACAUUGUUCGAAGAGACAGCCCCCUGAGAAAUUGUGUUGAUUCCAAGAUACUUCAAGCAUUAAUUAGAUUCCGCCGCGAUCCAGAAGGCGUACCCUACUUCGCUGGCCGAGGUAGAACGCUCGUGGAUGGGGACUUGGUGCCCGUUUUUGGCGAGAGCGAUGGCUGUUGCUGGGCCGCCGAUACCUUCGCCGAUUAUGGCGAUUUGGAGGGGUGCCAUUGUUUCGUGGAGACGGGAAAGGUGGUUUCGCUUUUGGGAAAUGAGGCGGUGAUGAAAGCUGUACAUUGGAAGACGUCUUCUUGGGUGCGGGUAGGGUUAUGUCUAUAUUCUGUCAUUCGACUAUGAAGAUGUUGUCAUGGGAUUUCAGUCUGAAAGAUAGAAGUGCUUCGGAACUAGAUUCGUAUUCGGUGUCUCGCGGUUUCGGUAGGGGAGGUGGAU